GUUUUACAGUCAAGAUCAGUUAAGUUUGGACUCACGUCUUGAGGCACUCUGCCAAUCGUUCAUAAGUAACAAUCUUAAAACAGGCAACUUUGGCUCACUGGUAUCUGUGUUUCUUGAAAGAGCCGCUGAGUUACUUUCUUUGUCUGAUAAAGAAAGCAACCUGCACAUAUGGCAAACAUUCAAUGCCCUGUUUAUAAUACGUUCGUUAGUUAAGUACAUCAUUGAGACUGGGUCCGAGUUUCAGCUUUUGCAACACUUCGAAGCGAUACCUAAUGAAGAGUUAUUGCGGGCAGAAGAAGGCGCAGCGAACACUGGCGCACAUGCUGACUGUACUACAAUCGCUGUUGAGGCCACCGAGGAUGGCGCUGCUGGUAGCGUGCUCGCAAAGGCAGCAGUAAUUGUUGAUGGCGCGAAGUUUGAGUCUUUCAUCGACGCGCUUGUAAAUCUGAUUGUGGUGAUUCCAGUCAAGGAGUUCACAUAUCACUUGCAUUUGGAGGCAGUGAAUACUUUCAUCACUCUUCUCUCCGUACACUUAUUCACCGAGCAACCCACAGAGAAAUUAAUAAUUUUUAGAACUAUAUACAAAUGCCAGCAUGCAAAUGUGCUUGUAUCCGCACUAUUGCAUUAUGUUGCGCGUAUGGUUGAAGUACCACAUACCAUGUUUGGCUCUUCAUCUUCUGGUUCAUUCGUUUUUGGUAUCGCUGAGUCGUUGCUAUCUAUUUUCACCUUCCGCAAACAACAGGAUGUACUGAAAGCAACUGGCGCUACUGGCGCUGAACUUUCGCAACAAUUUCGUGAACACUAUCCACUUGCAAAUCAAAGUCUUCUACUGAUUCUUAUACUAACAAAUCACUGUACCACUAAAGAUAAUCCAUAUCGCGCUAGCUUAUUUGGCUGCGCUGAUUCGAAAGAUUCGCCGAAGGAAGGCGCUUCUUUCCAGAUCGACUUCACCUCCGUUUACGAGACUUUAUGUCGUAUUGUGACCAUCGACCAAGCCACAUUGUUGUUAUAUCUCUUGCUACAUCGAAAUGAACGUUUCUACCGCUUUGUAAUGGCGCAGAAUGACCUAGAGAAUUUGGUGAUACCUAUAUUGCAGACAUUGUACCAUGCUCCGGAUAGUACUUCGCAUCACAUCUACAUGUCACUAAUCGUCCUGCUAAUACUUAGUGAGGAUGAUGGAUUCAACAAGAAUGUGCAUAAUAUAAUGCUUAAAAAUAUCCAUUGGUACACAGAGCGCACCAUAUCGGAGAUAUCGCUGGGUGGUCUUCUAAUCCUGGUUGUCAUACGCACUAUUCAAUAUAAUAUGUUGAAAAUGCGUGAUAAAUAUUUGCAUACAAACUGUCUGGCGGCGCUGGCGAAUAUGUCUGGGCAGUUUCGCGCAUUACAUCCAUAUGUAGCGCAAAGACUUAUAUCCCUUUUUGAAACAUUAGCGCGUAAGCACACGCGUCUCGAUGCGCAGCUGAAAGAACCUGUUAAUAAUGGAGUUUUCGUGAACGUUAACACCACGCCUGAGGAUAUGCUACAAGAUCUCACAGUGUUAGAAGAGGU